AUGGAGGCAAACAGGACCCAGGUGACUACGUUUCUUCUCACAGGAAUAACAGAUCGUCCAGACCUGCAAAUCCCUCUGUUCCUGCUGUUCUUGGGGAUUUAUGUCACCACCAUGGUGGGCAACCUUGGGUUAAUUUUUCUCAUCUGGAAGGACCCCCAACUUCACAUCCCCAUGUACCUCUUCCUUGGAAGCUUAGCUUUUGCAGACGCCUGCACCUCAUCCUCUGUGACCCCAAAGAUGUUUAUGAAAUUUUUAACUGUGAGUGACUUCAUAACCGUGGCUGAGUGUUUCACACAAUUUUACUUUUUUUGUUUCAGUGCAACCACAGAAUGUUUCCUGCUGGUGGUGAUGGCAUAUGACCGCUAUGUAGCCAUAUGCAACCCUUUGCUCUAUGUAGUAGUGAUGUCCAAGAGACGCUGCACUCAGCUGAUAAGUGUAGCAUAUUUAAUUGGGUAUCUCCAUGCUUUCAUUCAUGUAGGGUUAUUGUUCAGAUUAACUUUCUGUAGCUCCAACAUAAUAGAAGAUUUCUACUGUGAAAUCUCACUUCUAUACACAAUUUCUUGCACUGAUCCAUCUGUUAAUGCAUUGGUGCUUUUCAUUUUUGCAGUUACCAUACAAGUUAGCACUUUUGUGAGCAUUGUAGUCUCUUAUGUUCGUGUCCUCUUUGCCAUCCUGAAAUCAAAGUCUGAGAAGGGCCGAAGCAAAGCCUUCUCCACCUGCAGUGCCCACCUCUUCUCUGUCUGCUUGUUUUACGGCACUCUCUUCUUCAUAUAUGUGCUUUCUGGUUCUGGGACAGGCAAGUUUCAGGAUAAAAUGUCUUCACUGUUCUACACCAUUGUAAUUCCUCUGCUUAACCCCUUUAUAUACAGUCUAAGAAACAAAGAAGUUUUAGGUGCACUGACAAAACUCAUCAAAUAA